AUGGUUCCAACAUUAAUACGUGAUAGUUUUGUAGGUAGAUUAGCCUACCAACUUUCUGGUCACAAAUAUUUCUCAUAUCCAGAAGAACAUCCAGACUAUAUAGUACCUGAAAAGUACUUAAGUGAAGGUAAAGUUUCAGAUUUUGAUAAAGUUGAAAUAGAUGAGGGUGUUCCUUCGAAUUCUUCUAUUGAUUCUGAACAAGCAAAGCCACAAGAUGAAAACAUUAUAGUGACUUGGGAUGGUGACGAUGAUCCAGACAACCCUAACAAUUGGUCUUUCUCUAAGAAAGCUUUUGUUAUUUUCCAAGUGUCAUUCUUGACCACUUCAGUGUAUAUGGCUUCAGCAGUAUAUACCCCUGGUAUUGAACAAAUUAUGGAAGAGUUUCAAAUUGGCGAAGUAGUUGCAACUUUGCCAUUGACACUUUUUGUUCUUGGAUAUGCAAUAGGUCCAUUGAUUUUCAGUCCCCUUUCUGAAAAUGCUGCUUUUGGAAGAAAUGCAAUUUAUAUUUACACCUUGGCCAUAUUUGUCAUCUUGCAAAUUCCUACCGCAUUGGUACAUAACAUUGCUGGUUUAUGUAUAUUACGUUUCAUUACGGGUGUUUUUGCAUCUCCUUGUUUGGCUACCGGUGCAGCUACUGUUGCUGAUAUUGUUCCUAUUCCAUACAUCCCUGUUGGUUUGGCAGCUUGGUCGGUCGGUGCUGUCUGUGGUCCUUCAUUUGGUCCAUUUUUUGGUUCUAUCUUAACUGUUAAAGGUGGUUGGAGAUGGACUUUCUGGUUCAUUUGUAUUGUUGCUGGAUUUUCACUUGUCUUUUUAUCCUUCACAUUCCCUGAAACCUAUGCUAAGACUUUGUUAUACCGUAGGGCUAUUAGAUUGAGAGGUGUCACUGGAAACCAAAGAAUUACCAGUGAAGGUGAACUUGAAAACCGCAACAAGACAGCUCGUCAAAUUGCUAUUGAGACGUUAUGGAGACCAAUUGAAGUGUUUAUUAUGGAGCCUGUCAUCCUUAUGAUUAACUUGUACAUCGCCUUGGUAUACAGUACUUGGUAUCUUUUCUUUGAAGUUUAUCCAAUCUACUUCCAAGGUGUUCGAGGUUUUACAAUUGUGGAAUUAGGCUGUACUUAUCUUGCUACUAUCAUUGGUGUCGUUAUCACUGCCCUGAUUUAUAUUCCUACUGUUCGUCAGGUGUUUACUAAAAGAAUUUUCAGUGGCAAGGGAGUCCAACCAGAAGUCUUUAUGCCAAUUGCUAUUGUUGGUGCUAUUUGUAUGCCAGUUGGAUUAUUUAUCUUUGGUUGGUCAGCCACCACACAUACUCAUUGGAUUGGACCUCUUAUUGGAGGUGCUAUCUUUUCGGCCGGUGGGUUCUUGAUUUUCCAGACCAUGUUUAAUUUCAUUGCCGGGUCGUUUAUUUACGUCGGUUCGAUUUUUGCAAGUAAUAAUUUAUUUAGAUCCUUAAGUGCCGGUUGUUUCCCAUUGUUUGGAAGACCAUUAUAUAAUAAUUUGGCUACUAAGGAAUUCCCGGUUGCCUGGGGUUCUUCGCUUUUAGCAUUUAUUACUGUGGCCAUGAUUGCCAUUCCCGUGUUAUUUUACUUAAAUGGUCCUAAGUUAAGAGCUAGAUCUAAAUAUGCAUUGCAUUAUUAG